AUGCCACGGACACUCUUGUGUUCGCGCGUGCGUGGCUUACUUAUAGCACACACCUAUGCAAACAUUGCAGAAGAACUGAAUGAGCUGCAUUUGCAUGAUUCCUCUAGUGUAAUCUCCUUCUUUCAGCUGGAAAUUAUUUCCAAUGAAGGCUUCAAUCUGUUUGGCUAUGGUGGUAAAAGAAAAAUGAAGUUGGUUACUGGAAAUGGAACAUUCCACAUUGAAAGUGAGGAAACGUUACUCUUACCCGGUGGUCCCGGACGAGAAUCGAACUUUCUUGCGGAACUGCUGAGCGCAAUCAACCAACUCAUUCCAAAGCCAUCUCGGUGA